AUAACGGCCACAGGACUCGCAGGCCUGGGGAUAUUCGCUUAGGCAACGAGGUGAACUGAUCUCCGUAGUGGUGGCUAUGAAAUUCCAUCCCUUAGCUCUGCUGCAGAGGUAACAAAAGGCAAAUAUGUCAGCCAAAUAUUUUAGUUGCCACAACAGCGAACAGAUCUUUUAUGGAGAACGAAAACAGAACUCCCUCUCGGCCAGGAUUAACAGCUGAGCGAACCUGACUCAAUCGAAGUUGGAGCAGAAGGCUCUGAAGCAAGCUAAGCAGAAGAAAUCUAAGUCGGCUGAAUUUCUGAUGGCCAAAGAAAAGGAGCAGGAGGAAGAGGAGAAUGGGAUGAUGAAGGGCAUUGUAAAUCCUGUGUUCCUGAGUGGAGAGGAGGAGGAUGAACAGAGCUGUGGCAGACAGAGGGAUGGGGGGAGAGAAAUAGGAGAUGACGGGCAGGAUAGCACUCUUGCCGCUCACCAACAGCAAAUGAAGCUGGAAGCCCUUGCCACUACAAGAGGAAAUGAAGGUGCUCGAAAUUACUUUGACCCAUGGGCGACAGUGGGGGCUGACCCGAGGCAGCGUGGGAUGUCCAUGGUUGGAGUGGGAGAUGAGCUGGAAUUAAAAUUCAUGCAUGAGGACGAAAAAGGUCUAUAUGAGAAAAUAUCUCGGAUGCUGAAUGAAGAAGCAUCAACAGUCAUAGAUUUGCCUGGCAGUUUUGAGGAAGAAAGACCAGAAGCUGUGGCUGCUAGAGUCCUGCAGGCUCGAUGGAGAGAUCAGUUAAGGGAGAAGUUGGAGAAGAGAGAAGAGCUUAUCCCCCACUAUGUGGAACAACUGAAAGAACAUGUGCAGGAUGACAUGAUCCCAGUGGGCAGGGCUGCAAUGGAGCAGGAUGAAUGCACGGCAGAGGAGAAGGAGUGGGCGAGAAAACGGAGAGUGAUGGCUGUCUUAAGGGGGAAUACAAAGGAGUCAUAUUCCAUUAGAGUCAUGGAACAGGAGGAAGCUGCUCUGCAGGAUCGACUUUAUGCGGCUUUCCAGCGUUCAGAGAGACGUCUGCUGAAUUCACUGCGUCAGCGUCAGGCUGAAGUCAUUGCCCAGUAUGGGGAAUUCACUGAAAUCAGUGAACCACUGGCCAUUGGAUCUGAUUUUCCCUGGCAGGUGGAGUGGACACGAACUCCACAGCAAAUGGAGGUGUGUGUGGUGUGUUUACGGGCUGUGAGGGAGAAACUCAGCAGGGGGAUGUACAGCGUGUGUGUGUCCCUGCACAGUGGGUUGGGUGGCCCAGCACUGCACUGGUCCCGCCUGAAAGAGCAGCAGUGGAUGAGAGUCACAAAGGCCGUUGAACAUAGAGGCAGAGUCUGUGAUAUGGAGCUACUUAUUAACCAGAACCUCCAUGUGGUCCUGCCUGCAUCAUGUGACCUCUUGCCCUCCACUGUGCUGAUGUUCAGGAUUCUGAGCAUGCCCAGUAAGCAAUGUGCUGUGAGUGCAGUGGUGGCCUGGGGGGCAUUCCCUGUGUGUGACUGCUCUCUAACCCUUAUCCAAGGUAGAUUUCGCACUCCACUGCUUCGGGGUUGUCCCAGCUCAGCGAUAGACCAGUUCGGUAAAAUAGAGCAGCUGCUCUCUGCUGACUUGGACAACUGGCUGUGCAACCUUUACUUCCAGGUGAGGAAAAUUCAGCAAAAAGAUCAAGAGGUUUGCGAGUGCAAUGCAAAUGAAGUCACCAUUGAGGAGUCUCCUCCCGAUAUAUCUACUUCUACCUGCUCCUUGACCUCGCUAGCAGGUAAGAAUCCUGUUGGAAUUCUGCCCGUCUUACAGCCAGCAUCAGAGAAAGCUAAAGGUGGAACACAAACCAAGAUUGGCAAACAGAACCAGCCAUUCAGCAAGAUAACCAGCCAAAGUGGCUGUGACCGAGAGAGAGAGGUACGGGCGAGUGUCAUCACAGAAGACCAUCAUCACUUCUCCUUCUCCCUACAAUCUCAGCAAGCUGCUCCGCUCUACAGUGUUGUUCACUGUGGUCCACUAGAGCGGUUGCACAUGGUAUGGCGUAUGCUUCCUGCAGAGCUGGGAUUAUCUGGGAACCCUCGGCCUAGUUUCAGGCAGCUCACACUUUUCAGCACCCUCAUCUUCCUCACUUGGUUUCCCCGCCUUUACCUGCAUUACUGCAGCCAGUGGCUCUACCUCCAUGCUCGAAAUAUACCUGUCAACAGGUUUCACUUCCAUGCCCACACAGUGGAUUUGGUAUAUCAGAGCUCUCUCCUGCGGACCCUGGAGGAGCUGCUGCUGGUGUUGUUGGGGCCCUUGACCUUGAAUGCAGCUAUGUUUCUGCUGCUUCUGAUCAGAUGGCUUUGUCAGCUAGUGUUUGGCUCAACUCCUUCCUUCCUGUCAAAGCUGAUCAUGGCUCUGGGAGUGUGGACAGUGCUUGACCCUCUGGCAGUCUUCACUGUGGAUGCUGUCCUUGGGCAUCUGUCCUACAGUGCAGACAAGCCAGUGGCCGAUGCUGCUAAGCUUUACUGGCACUUCCAUCGUUUGGAACAGUCAGGCACAGCAGGAAUUCUCAUCACUGUUUUUCUGUAUACUGUCCACAUUAUUCUGUCCUCCACCAUGUUCUACAUAUACUUACUCAGGUUCCAUAAUGAUGGCAGAAUGUUGGAUGUGUACCUUCGUCUUCACAGUCCAGAAAGAGCAUUUUUUAUCCCAGACGAUUUUGAAGUGUCAAAUCAGGAGCUUAGUAACAUUGUAAAACAGGCGGAGCAGUGGAGAGGUUUCAGUGGAGAGAGACGAAAGGUGGCAGUGUACGAUUACAUCUGGACCCAGGAAGAGUCUGCAGGGUGCAAGUCCCCUGGGGCUGUACCCACUGUAUUAGGAGAGACGAGCAGCCAUGUGUCCAUCUACACGCUGUACCUGAGUGGCCAGCGUCACCUCUACAGACACUUCCUUAGGCAGCCUAGUGGAGCCAUCAUAGAGCUCAUCGAAGAUUUGGAAAGUGUUUCUGUUAAUCUGAACGUCCAGUGUCAGAAGACAGGGCAGAAGGAAGUCAACAGUAGGAUGAAGGGCUCAAAACAUGCUCUCAGAGAAAGGAAGAGAAAGAAUCGUGCAUGGCGCUGUAACAGGGUGGGACCUCUCAGUGGGAGUGGCUAUGAGACCAACUGAACAGUGAAGGAGACUAAAGUUGCUUCACAGAGCUACAACCACAUGAAAAUCUAAGUAAAAAGUCCUAAAAUAAAUAGAGCAUAUAACUAGAUAGGUCAGUGCUGCCUCCACAUUGUGAGAAAUGAGGAUCCUAAAAGUCACUUAUCAGCAGCCAGUGAUAAAAUAUCAAUAUUGGGAACCCAUUAGGCAGGAUAAUAUUCCUGGUGCCUUGAUUUGUAUUGAGUAUGUGUCUGCUGGCCACGGCUUUGAUGAAAUGAACUGGCCCACAAAUCAGGACUUAAUGGGAGCCUACUUAUACAUACAGCUUAAUUAAAGGUUGUGGGCUUAUUAACAUGUGUCUGAGAGAUGGAGACCUGCUCCUGCACUCAGCCAGGUUGUAAAGGUUUUAUAGAUACCCUAUCAUUAUUAAAGCCCAUCGCUUAAUAUUGGAUCUUAAUAACCUGUCAUUUUGAUGAUGAUUCUGAUGAUGAUUCUCUUUAUGGCAAGUCAUUAUGGCUCGAAGUUGCACUUCGAUUGGAUUGUGUGUAAAUGUGUGUGUGUAGUCAUUACAUUCUUACAGUCAUUGCAGCCUUUAGCUCAUGUGCUUCUAUAUAGAGAAUUAGAGGAGAUUCCUGAGGAGUUAAAAACAUUGUUUAUUAGGCUAAUGCUCCAAAUAUAUUUCACCCUAAAAACUUAUUGACCUUUGCAUUAUAAAUACAACAAGAGUUUUUUACAUUAAUAUUUUGCUGAUCCCAUCACUAUGUACAUGACAUGGCCUAACUAUAGAUGUUAAUAAAAUUCCAUUAUAUUAUUGGCACUGUUAUGAUGAUGAUGAUGAUGAUGAUGAUGAUGAUGAUGAUGAUGAUGAUGAUUCUAUGAAAAAAGAAUCUUUAAAGAAGCAUUUUACACCAUACUUCAAUACUCCACAUUUACUUUUUGUUCUAUCUGCUAAGAAAAUCAUAUCAUUAUAAGACUAAAAAAGGUAGAAUCUAUCUAUCUAUCUGUCUAUCUGUCUGUCUGUCUGUCCAUCCGUCCGUCCAUCUGU